GGAAGGAGGUGGUGAAGGGCCAAGAACGACGUACCCCAAGGACCAAGGGAGGGCAGGAUCAAGUAGACGCCCUGUUGCUGCACCUGUCAGUGGGAUUCCAAGCAGCCCACUCGAGGAACCAAGCGGGUAAUUGCUCCCCGGCUGUGAAUUACAACCUUGUCGUGUUGAAUGACACCAUCAGGGUAGAGGGAACAACGAGGAAACUAACGGCAAGGCGAAACGAACUAAAGAAAUGAACGGAAUGAGGAGGGCCUCACGUCCACAAGCCACUGACGUCGAGAACAAUAUAGCGAGAGGAAGGACGGUACUCUACUGACUGUAACAUUGUUGGAAACUAACGAUAGCUUUAUUGUGCAAUGACUUUGAGGUUCAUCCGUGCUCGGGCCGUGGUCGUCCUUCAAUCAGUCUAUUUUUGGUAAACAGGCCCAAUGGAAACGUAACGAAACAGAUGAUGGCUCAACACCACCACCAGCACAAUCAAAGAGCCGCCGCUACCGUUGGCACUACUAUUACAACGAAAGGUGUUUUCUCCGUGGCCCAUCGAAAUGGUCCCGAGAACUUGGCCUCACCACUUUCUUCGGCGUCCUCGAGUCCUUCGCCGUCGUCCAGGAAGCUCAAGCCCGGCACACCCAGUAGUCGGGACGAUGAGCAGUCCGCUCGUAAUCAUUGGCGUAGAAAGAGUUCGUCUCUUUUUGAGAAACCCGUGGCUCACAAAGAUACGGAGACACUCAUCUUGAAUACAGCCGAGGAGCACGCAAAAAGUCCAUCCCCAAAUGGACAUGAAGGUCUGAACACAACCGCUCGACUUAGAGCGAAGGUCAGAUCGGUCAAGACGUUCAGCGAAGUGAUGCGGCAAAAGUCGAAUCAAAGCAUGAAAAAGUCUCAAGGCAGGGCCGCAUCGGAUCAAAGGCGAAAAACAAGCCGACUCAGUUCACGAGAUGCCCAUGCCAGGGGUAAGGACAGUAGUUCAGACCGUGGAUCCUCGUCCUCUCGGAGAGGCAGUGAUGACAAACGGCCGAGCAUUAGCCUGGACGAGCCGGAGGUCGCGGCCUCGGAAGUCAAACAUCAAUCAGUGAAGAAAACCGACAGCUUGGAACGAUUAUGGGAGCAGGUGCGAGGGAUCCGGCCGCAAAUUGUGGUGAAUUUGCCUCCAGACGAGAACGACCAAGAUGGAAGUGGAAACCAGAUUGUGGAUGUUUUAAAGAUAUCUGGUCAAACGGGAGCCAAAAGCAUUGCCUCAGUGGAUCAAAUUUGCCAGGCUUUCAGCCAACCCAUUCGAGAAAAGAAAUCCCUGAAAGACGUGGCUAGGAGCGAGAUUGGUCGAGAGCUCUCCGAGGUCGAAAAAAUGAUUCAGCAAUCACAAGUCAUUUCAGUUGGGCGUCGUCAAUUCGACCCGGAUGAAUUGGUCAAUGAACACGGCAAUGGGACCAAUUCAGAUGAAGAAGAGACUGAUCCUAAGAAACGGAUCCAGAAUGCCAAACCACGCUAUUUGGAAAUGUUUGCCAAGCCCGAAGAGAUCGAGAACCUCAACAAACCACCCAUGGAUCCCAAUCCCAAGACCUAUGGCCUCUGGGACACGGUGACGGAUGUGAAAAUCUUACCCACCCUGAUGCGAGUUAAACGCGAGUGGCAGCCACCCGAUUGGGAGAAGACCCUAGAGAACCUGAAAGUCGAAGGCAGAGACUUGGCCUCCAUCGACAACGAUCUCAAGGAGAUUUCUCAUGGGCGGGAGAAAGGCCGAAAGAAGACGGGCAAGUACCUUAUGCCUGAGGAUCUCUCGUGGUGCCGCAAGCACUGCCGCUUCAAAGAAAAGGAUCUCUUGAAAUGGUUCCGUCGCUUCCGGGAGGAAUGUCCCUUGGGAACAAUGGAUAAGGAUCAGUUUAGUAAACUCUUCAAAACAGCCUUUCCGUUGGCAGAAGAAGAGGAGAUGGCAGAACUGGCCUUUCAUUUCAUGGAACAAGAGGGCGAGGGAGGACUGGAUUUUAAGGAUUUCGCCGUCUUGAUUGAUGUGUUGAAUUGCGAUCAACUCCAAAGCAAAGUUCGAUGGGCUUUCGCCAUUUGCGACAGCGAGAAAAUGGGCUCGAUCUCACGACCUUCGGUCCACAUGAUGAUCCGUCUGUUGGAUCAAGUGGCUGAGAAGGGCUUCAUGAAUCCACCCACCGAUGAAGAGAUUGAAGACAUGACCUACCGGCGCAAUAUGGACCCCUUCAAAUUAGCCGAGGACAGAGUGGAUGACAUUAUGCGGACGGGCGAAUUGGACCACGAGGGCAAAAUCUCUAUAGAGGCAUUGUUGAAAAUGUCGGAACGAGUCAUCUAUGCUCGGGAUUGA